UGGACUGGAGCCCAAGGGGGCGCCGUCGCACUGCCCUCCACUCUGGCUGGUGCUUGCUUCCUUCCCAGCCAGCCGCACUUCGGCCAACUCCACUCCCCAGUCCCCAGCUAGCUUCCACGCCGACACGACGCCCCCCGCAGUUAAACCCUAGCUCCUCCUCCCAGCUCGCCGCCUCUCCCGCCGGGCUACCAGGCUGCUUAGCUGCAGGGGCACCAUGCCUGCUGGUGACAACCCACACUUGAUCUCAGAGAAAAAGGCAGCAUUGAGGGAGUCUCCAAAACAACCUAAGAAUAUUGUUAAUGAGCAACCCAGAACUUCUCCUUUUCCUAAAGACAAAGUUUCUGCUAUAGUUGGCAUCAAGCGACCACAACCUAAUGGCUCCUUGAGUCCAACCAACCAUCAUAUGCCGGGCAAUUCAGGGGUAAAUGGCCAUCUUGUGUAUGUGCGCAGGAGGCUUGAAACUGAUCAAAGCAAAGGAGGCACUUCUGCCUGGCUAGAAAGUGCUAGUUCUAUAAGCUCGAAUAAAACUGUUGCAGCCGGAUUGCAGUCACAGGAACCAAGUCUGAAGAAUCAGAACAAUGUACCUCAUACCCAAUCUGCUCCUCGAUUUGCAUCUCCUGCUGCUGCCUCCCCUGCUUUCCCGUCUGCAGGUUUGCCGGAUCACCAUUCUUUUGGGAAGCAAUCUCCAGGAAAGGUUGCUGUUCAGCCAACUAAUGAUGCGAUUACUAGUCUGCCACCUUGCAAUGUGGCAUCCUCUACUCCAGUGCUUCAAAGUUCUGUAGCUGCUAAUUUAGCACUUGGCAGUGUUUCCACUACUAGUACAGCAUCUCGUGAUGCUAUGUGUUCUACUACUCUGGCACCUAAUCAAUCUGAUCCACCAAGAUCAAGCAAUCAAGAUUGGAGUGACAGAUUUAUUCGGCUGCAGGCAUUCUUGAGAAAUAAUGAGCAAUCAGGCCAGGAAGAAUAUAUCCGCAUGCUUCGGUCUUUAUCCUCUGUUGGACGAACUAAGCAUGCCAUUGAGCUGGAGAAACGGGCAGCCAAUCUAUUGGUUGAGGAAGGGAAGGAGCUACAGAAGAUGAAAGUUCUGAAUUUACUGGGCAAGCUUUUGCCCGUUGACCCACCACCAUUUCCAUGUCAGCCCCCUUCUGUUGUGCAUCUGCCAUUCCCAGCCCGCUGAUGAAAAGAGUG